UCAUCUUUAUCCAAACCCCAUUAAAAAAACACAACUACAACUCAACUAAAUGGCGAUCAACAAGUUUCUUUUACUUUCUCUUUCUUUAUCUUUAGUUUUAGGCGUUGCAUGGAGCUUCGAUUUCCAUGAAAAAGAGCUCGAAACAGAAGAUAGUUUGUGGGAUAUGUACGAAAGGUGGCGAAGCCACCACAAAGUGGCGACAAACCAUGGCGAGAAGCUGAGGCGGUUUAACGUGUUCAAAUCCAACGUGUUACAUGUUCAUGAAACUAACAAGAUGGAUAAACCGUAUAAGCUUAAGCUUAACAAGUUUGCCGACAUGACUAACCAUGAGUUUAGAAGUGUGUAUGCGGGUUCCAAGAUUCAUCAUCAUAGGUCGCUCCAAGGAGAUCGAAUUGGUAACAAGACGUUUAUGUAUGCAAAUGUCGAAAGUGUCCCUACUUCGGUUGAUUGGAGGAAGAAAGGGGCUGUUGCCCCUGUCAAAGAUCAAGGGCAAUGCGGAAGUUGUUGGGCGUUUUCAACUGUGGCUGCGGUUGAAGGAAUAAACAAGAUUAAAACAAACGAGCUAGUGUCGUUAUCAGAACAAGAACUGGUUGAUUGUGACACUUUAGAAAAUCAAGGGUGUAACGGGGGUUUAAUGGAUUUGGCGUUCGACUUUAUUAAAAAGACGGGUGGUUUAACUAGGGAGGAUGCUUAUCCUUAUGCAGCUGAAGAUGGGAAGUGUGAUUCUAACAAGAUGAAUUCUCCGGUUGUAUCGAUUGAUGGACAUGAGGAUGUACCGAAAAAUGAUGAGCAAGCACUUAUGAAAGCAGUAGCUAACCAGCCUGUUGCUGUUGCUAUUGAUGCUGGCGGUUCAGAUUUUCAGUUCUAUUCAGAGGGAGUUUUUACGGGCAAGUGUGGAACACAACUGGAUCAUGGAGUGGCAGCCGUUGGAUACGGCACAACGCUAGAUGGAACAAAAUACUGGAUCGUAAGGAACUCGUGGGGGGCCGAGUGGGGAGAAAAAGGAUACAUUAGGAUGGAAAGAGGAAUAUCUGAUAAAAGAGGGCUUUGUGGCAUAGCAAUGGAAGCCUCUUAUCCUAUCAAGAACUCUUCAAACAACCCCAAAUCAUCUCCUACAUCAUCUCUCAAAGAUGAACUCUAAACUACACACAAAUUCACACACACACACACACACACACACACACUUUAUAUUAUAAAAAUUUACUUUUUAUUCCUUAAAUGUUAUGGAUUUAUGAUUUAUCAUCUUGAUGUAAUCAUUGUAUUUGUAUUGUGUACGAUUAUAUAAUAAAGAUUUGGUGUAUGAAACAUGAUUAACAUACAACAAAAGUUGUUGAUC